UCUCUCGUCGGAGACCGGCGGAGAGAGGAGAGAGAGAGAGAGAUGCUGCGGGUGUCGGAGGACGGCGGGCGGCGGCGGCGGCGGGAGGCCCACGCGGCGGGGUACGGCGAGCUCGGCCGCGCCCUGCUCGACCUGCAGGCUGCCGCCGACCAGGUCUUCGACGCCGUCACGGCGCGGACGGCGGAGGAGCGGGAGAAGCUCUCGGCCAUUUCCCGGCGGAUCAGCGCUGCAAAAGCUAAGAUAAAAACAUUGUCUCAGUCAGAGGAACCGUUGACAAUUGUAUCACCAGCGCAGCAUCCUUCAAGUUGUACAAACCAAGAGGACUUCAGACCGCUGUUUCAUGACAAAUAUGAUGACAAUAGUGGUGGACCGUCCAUAGCAACUAUUUCAGUAAAUGGAGGGUUCAACAGACAGGAAUAUGGACUAGAAGGCACACUUGAACUCUUUCAGUUUUUCUCUGAGGAGAACUGUGACUAUACUCCAAAAGAAGGCCGUUUAAAGGUUAAAAAUAAACCUGCUGAAGCUAAAGAUGACACAUAUUUAGGGAGUCUUAUGGAUAAAUCCAACUUUCCAACUCCGCAAAACAUUUCAAUGUCUGGCAAGGACAUGAAGAUUGAAGAACUUCCACCUCCACCACCAAGUCUAAUAUCAAAACACCUGGCUAAAAACCAGAGAUCUGAUGAUGUUAGAUUCGAAUCAAGUUGGAGUCCAGCACACUCAGAUAUUCCUAGUGCAGAGAACCGAUUGUAAACUACAGUGCACACUCUUUGGGGGCCAUAAAAUAAACUGAUUCUCCCUAACUUCUAUAUACUGGUUGGUUCAUUACAGUUCGUUUGUAAUUUUGUAGAAACCUCAUACAUAGCCAGAAAUCAUUUUUUUAUUGGGACAGAGGGAAUAGUACCUAGAUGUGCUGAAAGACAAUUAUCUUUGGCUUAGUGAUUGUCAACUUAUGUAAAAACAAACCAUUUAUGGUUCAUCAGUAAUUGUUGUACGCAAUUGUGUAAACAAUUCGAUCUAACACUUUCAGAAGCCAUAACCAAAGGCGUGUGAACCAUCAUUAAUUCAACAGUUUUGUAUUAAUUCUC